AUGUGGCGUUGUUGUCCAUGCCACCCCAUCAGUAGUUGCUGCAGAGUUAGUGCAUCGGGGCUAGGCGAGGGAGCCGUGAGUAUUAUUUUCACCACGUGCAUAGACGCGCCGGAAAGAGCUUCCCCCUACGCCUUUGCGCGCUUGAAGCAGGAGAAACAGGAGCGAAAAGGAAAAAUAGCCGGCUGCCAAGGGAAGCUAAGAGGAGCCGCACGAAGGAUGCGCUCAAAGAAACGUUGCAAGCAAGAAAAAGCACAGAGCAGGCAACCCCGAGGCGGUGAGCUUCUGGGGGAGGCAGAUCUGCACGCACUGGCGUUCGCGUUGGGUUGCUGGGGAGCACCCUAUAGCAGAGGAAAAUCCGAGUCGCUUCCGUCUGCUGUACCGCAGGCAGCAGUCAGCUCCGCGCAUGCUGCGGCUGCUGGCACUUCUGCCGAGGCGCAUGUCAGGCAGUGGGGAGUUGAUCAGGGAGUUCAAGCUGCGGUAAGAGAAAGCCUCCAACAGCUGCUGCUCAAUCAGCCUUCACGGGAGUCUCUGGAGCGGCGUCUCUACUGCCCGCCAAGCGGAAAUGCAGCAGCACGCGCUGCAGCGACAGCUGCCGCUGCAGCCGCAGUGCAGGCGAAGCUGCAGCGACAGCUGUACCUGAGCGACUCUCUUCAAGACCUUUUUUUCGCACUGCCCGAAGCAGACGCCGCAGCGAUGCAAGAACUGCUGCUAAUGCCGCCGCAAUGCAGCUACAACAGCAGCAGCAGCAACAACAAUGGCAGCUGCAGCAGCAGCAGCACUCAGCUCUCUAGAGGCAGCAAAGGGCCUGUGGUAAUACAGCCCUUGUCGCAAGAGGCUUUGGCAUUUCUGCAGACAGUGACGUUGCUACCCAAAGAACAACAACUGCAACAGCAGGAGCAGCGAUCCCUCUCCGUCGUGCUUGAGCAGCUGCAAGAGCAGAGGCGUCGUGUCAAGGAGAAAUUGGAGCAGCUCGAGAUGCAGGCAUGUGGACAAGAGGCAGCAGAAUUGAAGGAGGCUGCUGACUGCAUGCAACGAUUGGAGGCAAUGGUUAGCGAACUGCAGGAUCUUCAGCAGCGGUGCUGUACUGCACAGCAACAGCAAAAUCAGCAACAGCAAAAUCAGCAAAAUCAACAGCAGCAGCAAAAGGGCGACAUGGUGCUGCUGCAGCAGCUGCACGGUGCUGCUGAUGAGGCCUUUUUGCAGCGUCGCAAGGCUGUCUUUUUAGAUCGCUUAGGCAGUGCUCUUGAAGUCGGUUCGAACGCAGGAGGAGGAGGUGCUUCAGCGGAAGCGAGUGAGGCAGCGGAGACAGCCGCCAAAGUUGAGGCAGAGCCAAACGGCAGCAAGCAGCGAGCUGAUCAGGCAACUCGCGAACGGCUCCUGCAUGCUCUUGGGGCUUUGAUGCUGUUGCAGCGUCUGCAGCUGCUCGGCGAGGCGGUUCUUUCGGCAGCAGAAGCGGCCAUAAACGCCGCAAGAACAGGAGAGGGAGAAGGAGAAGGAGCAGCAGCAGACGCCACUGCCGUUGGUAUCCUUGGUGCCACAGCAACAACCGCCUUACGUCUAGACAGGCCAGAUUGGGCAGCAAGCUUUUUGUUGCAGCUGCUGCAACAAGUGCAGCAGAGCACCGCGGAGAGUGGUAUCCUCGACUGGAGUUGUUGGCGUGAAGGAUGCAGCAAGUGCAGCAGCAAGUGCAGCCAAGCGUCAGAACGCGGUGGCGAGUGCCUUGAGGGGCGUGAAGAGCUGCAGCUUCCUCCUGAAGCGCAGCAAUGGCUAAUGAUGGCACAGCCGGCUGUUGUCAGCAGCGCCGUAAGCGCCGGCAGCGUCUCCAAGAAUGCGGCGGCGACAUCGGCGAAAGUCUUGGACAGCCUUGCAGCUGCUGCAGCGAGCGAGUUAGAGCCGAUAUCGCUCGUGGCUCCAUUCUUGGCGAAGGCUUUCCGCUUGUUCCUCAGACACAGACUGCCGUUCCUAGUAUUUGCCGCUGCUGCCUCAGACGCAGAGAGCGCAGUCUCGGGAGAAGCGGCGCCUCCCUUCAGCGGGAGGGCCGCCCUUCGCUCUACAGCCUCCAAAAGGGCACGCGGUGAAACAGAAGCAUCCGUUGUUGAGCUGCUGCAGUCUGCAGAGCCUCUCUGCGUUCCUCAUGGAGUCUGGGGAUGUUCUCUCCCUGCGCUGCCUCUCUCGAGAAAGGCACAGCCGUCAAAAAAAUCCUCUAUUGGAUUCCUAGAGUACUGGAUCUCUCUAGACGCGGCGUUCGCUGAAAGAGAAAUCAACACAAAGGCAGCAGAAGGGGCCACUACUCAGCACUCCUCCCUAGACAGCCACAACGGCCCUCUAACCAG